AUGACAGAAUUUCAGUCUCACUGCCUUCUCUGCUCUCUCUCUCUUUCUAUCCUCUCCCACACACACACACGUACAUAUACUGUUCCAUUUCUACCAUAUCUCAUUUAUUUCUCUCCCAUCAACUUUUCAUCUCAAUAUAUAUUUACACUCAAAACAAUAGUAUUAACUGCUCCUUUCUUCUGCCUCUUCUGCUUCUUUACUUUACACACAUACCCUGAGAAAAUUAACAUUACUAGUAAAAUGAGUCUCCACAGUUCCCACAAAUAUAGCCAAAAAUUCAUCUUCAUUUCCCUCAUUCUCUUUGCUUCUUCUUCUUUCUUCUCUCCUUCCAUUUUCAUGGCUCAAGGAAGAACAAUUUCCAAUCUCAAUGAAGUUGCAAAGAAUGGUGUGGAAGAACAUGAAUCAAUUAUAGUAGAAAAAUUUCAAAUAGGGUCAAGACCUCCAAAGUGUGAAAAAAGAUGCAAAAGCAAAAGCUGUAUCCAAUGUGAAGCAGUUCAAGUACCUAUUGUACCAUCUAAAGUUCAAAGCCAUAGAAGCCAUUAUUAUUCAGCAGCUUAUUCAUCAAGAGGGGAUGGUCUUUCAAACUACAAACCUAUAAGCUGGAAGUGCAAAUGUGGGGACAACUUUUUCAACCCCUAGUUGACUCAAAAAAUGGAGAACAUCACCAUUUUUAUUUAUUUUUGAAUUAUUAAAUUCUUCAACC